CGGGUGACGACAUAAACAGGCGCGGUGUUUAGGCUCCACUGAUGUCGUGGCGCUCAGAGGCAAAAAGUUGAUUCCCUGAGGGGCCCUGGGACUGAAGCCGAAGUCCGGCGACCCUGGCCCUUUCCUACCCACUCCUCCUCGCCCGCCUUCCCCGCUCCCGGCAGGAUGAGGCGUGCAGGCCUGGGUGAAGGAGCACCUCCUGGCAACUAUGGAAACUAUGGCUAUGCCAGCAGUGGCUAUAAUGCCUGUGAAGAAGAAAAUGACAGACUCACUGAAAGUCUGAGAAGCAAAGUGACUGCUAUCAAAUCUCUUUCCAUUGAAAUAGGCCAUGAAGUUAAAAAUCAAAACAAACUAUUAGCUGAAAUGGAUUCACAGUUUGAUUCUACAACUGGAUUUCUAGGUAAAACCAUGGGAAGACUGAAGAUUUUGUCCAGAGGAAGCCAAACAAAAUUGCUAUGUUAUAUGAUGUUGUUUUCAUUGUUUGUCUUUUUUGUCAUUUACUGGAUUAUUAAACUGAGGUGAUGCAAGUUAGUGUGGGCUUGGACUCUGUUGCAGUUAGUGUCUUGGUGUUUCACUUUGAUAGCCAGCAUCCCAACAUUCUUAAUGACCUUCUUCAUUGAAGAUUACUGGAGCUUUCCUCUUUCUGAAAUCAUACUGUACCAUAUAAUGUUUUUUGACUACUGUUCCUUAUUGACUCAUUUUGACCCCUGUUUUCAGGGUUAUUGAGUAAGCCUGAAGUCAUUGUGACUGUACCAAUGUGUUUCCUGUCAAAUUGAAUGCCAAUAUCAUACUCUGUUGUUCUGUAAGUAACUUUCUGAAGCAAGUGGGAGAGCAGUAGAAUGCUGGAGAACCUGACAUCAGCUUGUGUGGUGGUUGUUGGAUGGAGGUAGAAUGUUCCCUUUCUCUUGCUUGAUGUCAUCAUUGGGAUGUUGGGCUUUCCUUUACUUGUUACCAUAUAGGUACCACGUUCCUUUCCCCUACAGUUUGUGCAUGUGAAGUCUUUGUAUAAGGACGUCCUUGAAUAAAGCUGUUGACAUAUUUCUAUGGGA